AUGCCUACCAUAACUACAGUCAUCCAGCAAAGAACCCAGUCUUUCAACACCAAUGCAGAAAGUUCACCAUACCAGUUCAUUUCUAGCUUGGAAUCGGAUCAAUUUCAUGUUAACUACAAGCAUCCCAAGAAUACACUAACCAGGACCCCGGUAGUAUCGCGUUCGCGGAAUGGUGGCCGGCGGCGGGAGGCGACAUCCAUCACGCGGCCCAGUCGCCGCCACAGCGGGUGGGGUGUGUCGCCGCCGCGCUGGCCGCGCCUCCGGCCCGCCGCUUGUCCAGUCGUGCUCCCCUCCAGCGCUCCACAACAGCUGGCGUCGGGGGCCGCGGUCAGCGCUGGAGCCCGGGCGGCCUUCGCGCCGAGCCACACCUCCAGCUCCCAGAGGCCUGGAGUCCCCUAUAUAAGAUCACUGUCCGCUCGGACUCUCCAGCAUUCGCCAGCAGUCUUCACCGCAGAAGAGGCACUCACCCUCCACAAACCUUCCACCAUGAUGAAGUACCUGGUCCUGGCCCUGUGCCUGUUCGCCGCCGUCUUCGCCGCUGAGGAGUCCGCCCCCAAGGAGAAGCGCGGCCUGGCCUACGCCACCGGCCUCGGCUACUCCGCCCCCCUGGCCUACUCCUCUGGACUCUACGGUGGAUACGGAUACGGAUAUGGAUACCCAGGAUAUGCUGGCUACUACGGCCUGGGCUACCGUGGUCUGGGAUACAGUGGACUUGGCUACCACGGACUUGGUUACCAUGGCUACCAUUACUAAACCUUGCAUACUGACAUCCAUCCUCAUUUCUUAUAAUCCUUUUUCUAUCCUUUCAGGAUCAAACAUCAUCCACUGAUCCUAUGCAGCAAGUAUUUUCCAAUACCUAUACUUGCCGUUCAACAACUACCCCAGACUGUUGUAAAUGUUCAAAGGUCGCAUAAUAAAACUCCAUUUUCAUUUUUAAAAA